AUGUAUCUCUACCGUUCAUUGCAAUCACUAGUGAGUCUUAUUUAUAAAACAAUCAUCCAGUACUCAGAAAAUCUUCAAUUAAAGGUCGAAGCAUGUUCUUUCCUGUUGGCUACACUUUUGAUUGUCGGAUCAAUAUUUUGGCCAACAACCGGUCUUCUUAUCAUCAAUUCAAGAUCAACAGAACUUGCUGAUCAUAAAAUUAUUCGCUCUAGUUAUCCAAAUGAUGAAAUCCAUUGUUUAAUCGGUUAUACGGAUAUUGGAGAUGAUAAUAAGGAUAACAAUGGCAAUAAUAAUAAUAAUAAUCUGAUAACGAUUAGUAAACGGCUAACUGCCUAUUUAAGUGAUUAUUUCUUACACUCUGGAUUAAAUCAAAAUCCACCUUAUUGGUGUGGUGAACAAUAUAAUUGUACUAAAUUAGUUUAUGAAAAGAUUAAUCCUAUAUCACAUUCUACAUUAUAUCCUAUAAAUAAUUAUUAUCUAUUUAUUGUUCAACGUGUAUUCAAUAACACCUAUGGAUAUAUGAGUUAUGCGCCGCACUUUGCAUUCAUCUCACCAGAUACUGCAGUUGACGUCUAUCUUUCAUUAAAACAAUUGGUCGAUGAAUUCUUCAUGGAGUUACACAACAAACAGUCUAACAGGCAGUCAACUGGCAAUGUGAAACAUUUGUUAAACAUAAGUGUUGUUGCACUGAAACGUUAUGACUAUUCUGAAAUGAUAUUGAAUCGUAAAUUAGAAAUAUUUGGAAAACGUUUCAUCAUUAUCCUGAUGUCAGUGCAUAAGUAUUUAGCUGUUGCAUGUAUGACAAUCUGUUAUUGUACUAUUAUGUGUUCAGAUAAAGAGACUGGUUUUCGUUCAUUAAUGGCACUGAUGGGUUUACGUCGACUAUCGUUUAUCUUAUCACAUUUUAUAUUAUGUCAAGUAUCGGUAAUCAUCUUCUCUGGUAUGUCAACAUUAAUCGAUUAUUUGUUCAGCUCAAAUUUAACGGAUAAAGACAUUACAAACAAAGACCAUUGGUUAUUAUUUGCAGUGAAUAUUAUAGCUAGUUGGCAUCAAUUUGGUCUUGCUCUUAUUCUCUCAUCAAUAUCACAUUCAACAAAGUAUUUUUUAUUCCCCUUAUUAACUGUAUUCGCUAUACUGGUCACUUUUCAAUUGAUUAUAAGUCAUAAAGCAUCAAAUGUUCAGCCUCUUGAAUUUUAUACAAAAUUGGAUGAUAUUGGUUAUUUACUGUUGAGUUAUGCGCAUGCAUCAAUGAAUGUUCAGAUUCUAACAGAUAAAACAAUCGGUGGGCAAACAGGAAAUCUUACACUAUACCUAGUUGUACAUGUUCUUUGCGCAAUUGGCACCUGGUUGCUAGGAAUUUAUCUCGACUGCAUACUUGAUACCGGUUCAGGACAUAAAUUCAAUUGGAAUUUUCCAAUAGAAUAUUGUAAAUUAUACUAUAAAUCAUUUCAUUCUUCCGGUGAUGAUGAUAUUAAACAUAUUAAAGGAUCAUCACCCAGUGAACAACGAUCACCAGGACGGCGACAGCAUCAUCACCAGAAGCAGCACCUACAGCGGGAGCAACAACAUCAACAAAAGGAAAGUCAAUCAGUAACACCGCUAACACCAACAUCACAACAACAUCAGCAGCAGCAUAAAACCCAACCAUCAUCACGAGCUACUUCAGUGUCAAUGCCAUCAAGUUUUUCAUAUAAUCAUCGUAAUGACAAACGACAUGCGAAAUCCCGUAAUGAUAUGAUUGAGGAUAUUAGUCAUCGCUCUACACGUGUUCGAUUGAAACAUGUUAGAAAAGUUUAUACACAAUGGAAAUGUUUUAAACGAACUGAUUUUGAAGCUAUCACCAAUAUCAAUAUGUCAUUACAAAAAGGUGAGAUAACUGCGAUUCUAGGACAUAAUGGUGCCGGUAAAACAACAAUAUUCAAUAUACUCGCCGGUUUACAACCAGCUACUGAAGGUUAUAUUCGAAUAUUUGGACAAAUCUAUUGA